CCCUAACUACUCAGUCUGUCCGAGCCCCAGUCUGGCAGCAGAAGCGCGGAAGUGUGCCGCCGUAUUAGCAGCGGCCUUUGACAUUCCGACCUCCGAAGAGAAAAGCAAGGCCAGGUACCUGCGGCAGAAUCGGUGAGAGGUGGCGGGUUCAUUUCGAUUCAAGUCGUAACAGAAGCAGCACUAGGGUAAAAUGCUUCUGAGACUACUGACCAUCAUGUGGAUAGCAGGCCUCGCCUGCGGCCAGGAGAGCCUGGCCAGGGUGGAGAACGACCUGCUGACCUUGUCAUAUAAACUGGAGCAGUACCUGGACACCAGCAAGCAGCCCUGUCAGGACUUCUACGGCUACGUCUGCUCGCACAGCGCCAACCUCAGUCAGACGGGAAGGCAGCGUUUACAGAGCAUGAUUAAGGAGGCGGACGUCGCGCAGCUGAUGGAUAUGGAGCUUCAGCUGGUAAACUUCUUCAAGUCCUGCGAGAGCGGUCGGGGCAUAGAGGCGCUCAAGGGCUCGCAGCUGUUUAGGUUAAGCGGAGGUUGGCCUGCCCUGGAGUUAAUAAAGGCCAACGCCAGUCAGCGGCCGAACCAAACACAGAGCUGGCUUACAGUUCUCGGUAACUUUCACGAGGUAGGGGCGCCCUACUUCUUUGAGUCUGAGGUCAUAAUGCAGUCCAACAAGCGUCUGGUGGUGAUACGACCCGACUUAACGCGUCGAAACACUCUGAGAAAGUUUGAGCAGCGGGUGGGCGAAGUCCUGCAGAGUUUCGGGAUUGAGCAGAGCCGUGCUCAUGUCGCCGCCCUCGAGGUGCUCAGUCUCGAGCGUAGUCGUCGCGACAUUGUCAAGGCGGAUCACAUCGAUGACCAGGUGGAAUUCAGCUACGGCAACUUCAAGCGCAGUGCCUUUGGAAACACCUCGCUGGCCAGACUGGACUGGGACGGUUACUUCCGGAAGUUGUUGGGCGGUAAAACGCUCCAGCCCAGCGACACCAUUGUCGUCAAGCAGCUGCCCAGACUGGUCGACUAUUUCGUUUUGCUCCAGAACACCAGCAUGGUCAGGCUGCUGAACUGGAUCUGGACGGACUACCUAAUGGACAUCGCGGAUGCAGACUGUCACCACUUGGCAGAGACUUAUGCCGGCGACAUUUACUCGCAAAUGGCGCCCCGGGUGACUGCUGAUCGGGUCGAACUGGCCCGGAUGUACUCGGUGCUGGGAAAAGCGUAUGCGGAUCAGCUGGCCGGCAGUGUGUGGAUCGACGAGAUUUCGCAGCAGAGCUCGAGGCAGUUCCUGGGAAGCGUUACGCGCCUAACCAUAAACGGCGACGAGCUCUUGGACGCCAGCUACCACGGUGUCCUGCUAGGCAGGCGGAGCCUGUACCGCAAUCUGGAAAAGUUGCGCAAGUUCCAGCGCCCGCGGCAACAGCCCUCACAAUCCGUCCAGCUAGUGCGCCACUACUCUAUGGCUUUUGCCUCGAUUAGUGCCCUCUUGGGGCAGAGCAACCUGACCACGCCGCUCAACUACCUUCUGCUGGGGGAGUACUUUUCGCGGAGCCUGGUGGCUGCGGGCAGCAGCUCCGGCACUCCGGGCGCCUGGCGUAGCUCGGACUCGGAGCGGCGCUUCGCCGUCUUCCAGGAGUGCGCCGCCGGACAGGCGAACGCCAACGAUUUGCUUCUUAGCCUGCUGGCCCAGAGGCUGGCGCUGAGUGGGUACCGGCAAUGGCUGGCUACCCGGACAACGUUUCAGGAGAGAAUCGACGCACUCCUGGCGGCCGGACGAACGAAGAUGUCCCUGCAGAGGCUCUUCUUCGUGGCAAACCUGCUCGUGGACUGCCGUUCCGAGCUGGGGGUCUUGCAGCAGGACCGCAAGCGGCAGGUGACGCACGCCACGCUACGCAACUCACGGGAGUUCGGCGAGGCCUUCCAGUGCCGUCUUGGCGACAGUCUCCACCCUCAGCACCAGCGCUGCAAUCCCCUCUGAGUUGGCCAGAACUCAAACCUUGAACUUUCCGCUGUGGCCAUCGCUGGUGUUAAAAAUCGAUAGGCCGUGCCUGCAGCCACUCGAGGCCUCCCUCGACCCACCUCAAUCGAUUGAUUUUGCCCGUCCCACUGAACUUAGUUGCACCAGAAUGCCACCAUAUGCUUACGGAUAGAUUACGUUACGUAUGAGCGAUUGAGGUGAAAAAUAAACGAUUUGCUGUUCGCUUGCAAAGACUUA